AUGAAGCUGAAUGUCUCCUUCCCAACCACUGGCUGCCAGAAACUCAUUGAAGUGGACGAUGAACGUAAACUUCGCACUUCUUAUGAGAGGUGUACAGCCACAGGAGUUGCUGCCGACACUCUGGCUGAAGAAUGGAAGGGUUAUGUGGUCCGAAUCAGUGGUGGGAAUGACAAACAAGGUUUUCCCAUGAAGCAAGGUGUCCUGACCCAUGGCCGGGUCCGCCUACUGCUGAGUAAGGGGAAUUCCUGUUACGGACCAAGGAAUACUGGAGAAAGAAAGCACAAAUCAGCUCAGGGCUGCAUUGUCGAUGCCAAUUUGAGAAUCCUCAAUUUGGUUAUUAUAAAAGAAGGAGAGAAAGAUAUUCCUGGAUUGAUUGAUACCACGGUGCCUCAUCGCCUGGGUCCUAAAAGAAGAAUGAAGGAGGCCCAAGAAGAUCGCCAGGGACAGAUUGCCAAGAGACGGAGGCUGUCUUCUCUGAGUCCAGUCAAAAAUACGGCUUAA